AUGGAAUCGAAUUCCUCACAGCAGCAGCAGCAGCAGCAGCAGCAGCAGCCGCCGCCCCACCAACCUCAACCCUCCCGCCACCUUCAUCUCGCCCACCUUCACGCCUUGAUCCCCCCUCCUUCCACAUCUCCAACGCCCCCUCUGCGAACGGCGGCGAGCACCCCCAUGAGUUCGCCAGGCCUCUUCAGCCCCUCGAAUCCUCGCCCGAGGCACAACUACCCUGGCCGUGCCGCCUCCGACUCGAAUACUCCCGUGCAAGAGGUUUCCAGUCCCUACCUCCAUCCCCUUCAGCACCACAAAGUUAGGGAGACGCACAAGGCCCUGAUCGAUUCAGACAGUAUCACAGGCCGGAAGCUCAUCAACCAGUAUGAGGUCAUCGAAGAAAUCGGCCGCGGCAUGCAUGGCAAGGUCAAGCUGGCCAGGAAUAUCGAGACGAACGACAAUGUGGCCAUCAAGAUCAUUCCCCGCUACUCCAAGCGCCGACGUCUAGGCAAGGUUGCUGCCAUGUCCCCCCAGGACAAGACGAUGCGUGAGAUUGCCAUUCUGAAGAAGAUGCGCCACCCAAACGUCGUUUCCCUCCUCGAAAUCAUUGACGACCCCGAGCUGAAGAAGAUUUAUCUCAUUCUCGAACACGUCGAGCUUGGCGAGGUCGUCUGGCGCAAGAAGGGCUUGCCACACAUCUGCAUGCAUGAACGCCGCCGAAUCGAGCGUGAGAUGCGCGGUGAAGCCCCAACUCCUGAGGAGGAACAGUAUGACCUCUUCCUGGAGAGGCGUCAGGCCAUCAAGGACCUCAAGAGGGCCAAGAUGUCGCAGGCGAACGCAGGACCACACGACUACUGGAGCAUCGAACACGGCAUUGCCGACGACGGCAGCAAUGCGUCUCAGUCCCGCGUCCCGUCCAACGACGAUCUGGCCCUCUUCGACAGGCUGCCCGGCGAUGUGUCUCUUCCCAGCUCGCUACGUGCUUCUCGCGCCACAUCUCGCGCCCCUUCUAGGACGCAGUCUGUCAAGUCGAUGAACCAACCUCCCCCGGACCUAUCGGCCUCACCCGACGGCAGUGACAUGGAGACCCCCGGCCCCCUCCGUUCCAGCAACCAAGGCUCCUCUGCGGCCCUGGACGGCACCAUGUAUGGGGCCUACAUCGAGGAGCGGGCUUUCCGUGGCCGCUCCCCUAGCAUGGCGGAUUCCAUCAUCUCCCAUAUGUCAUCUAUCGACUGGAACCCCCGCACCCACGACCCCUUCGCUGACGACUUUUCUUACGUUCCUUGCUUCACUCUCGAACAAGCAAGGUCUGUAUUCCGAGACACCGUCCUUGGCUUGGAGUACCUGCACUACCAGGGCGUUGUACAUAGAGACAUUAAGCCGGCCAAUCUGUUGUGGACAAAGGAUCACCGGGUCAAGAUUUCCGACUUCGGUGUCUCGUACUUUGGCCGCCCCAUUCGAGAUGGCGAGCCUGACGACGAGGCCGUGUCCGAGUCGGAGGCCCAAGACUUUGAUGACGAUCUUGAACUGGCCAAGACCGUGGGCACACCUGCCUUCUUCGCCCCCGAGCUCUGUUACACAGACACCGACCGCGUCGAGCAGCCAAGGAUCUCUGAACAGAUUGAUAUCUGGUCUCUUGGCGUCACCUUGUACUGCCUUGUUUUCGCACGCAUCCCCUUUCAGGCAGAAGAUGAGUGGGCCAUGUUCAAGAAGAUUGCUACCGAGGACGUCUUCAUCCCCCGCCAGCGCCUGCGGCCUGUAGACCCGUCUACCAGCCCCGACGAGAACUCGCUCUACAAGCGCCAGAACAAGAAACCCUAUCGUGACGACAACGACCUUGUCUACGAAGAGAUUGACAAUCUACUCUACGACCUCUUGAGGCUCAUGUUCACCAAGAGCCCAGACAAGCGCGUCAGGUUGCGUGACAUUAAGCGCCAUCCUUGGGUUGUCCAGGGAAUAUCGAACCCGAUUGCCUGGAUCGACGAAACAGACCCGGCCCGCCCAUCACAGGGCCGGAGGGUGCAAGUUGACGCCAAAGAAACCGCGCAUGCCGUCGUCCCAAUCACCUUCCUCGAGCGUGCCCGCUCGGUCGUCAAGAAGGCCGUCGGCAAGGUCAUGCACCCCCUGGUCAGCGAGCGCGGCGAUAGCAGAUCACGCAGACGGGCAACCAGCAGUGUGGCCAGCUCUGCCGGUGAAAGCAACGUUCCCCAUGCUGCAGUGCCCAUCACCAACCCGCGGGAUCUGCGGCGGAAAAGUCUCAAGAGCGAUGAGUACUUCGCUGGUAUCUACUCUGCUACGCCAGAUCACCCUCUGUCGCAAAGCGUAGAAGCUAGUCCCUCUGACUCGGCGUACGAUCCUCUUGCCACUGCCAUCGCUCAGCCUUCGCAGAGUGCAUCGUCAAGUCAAAAGGGGAGGAGUGUUCGGGAUGCCAGCAACGAAGAAUGGCCGGCUUCGUAUGACUCGAAGAAAAGUAGUGCUUCAGUCUAUAGGCCAGCGAACAGGCAGCCCCAGACCACAACCGGCAACAACUUCCUGGCUUUAACGGCUGCGUCGACCGGUUCUCAGACUGUCCCUUCAUCUCCCGCGGCUGCCAUGUAUGAACCCAAGAAACAGCGCUAUGUCGAUCAACACGGCCUGGACGAUACCUCUCGGUCUCACUCGGUCGAUCGCAGCCUCUUUGCCAGCGCUGACAAGCGUGCUGCGCCUCAGGUCGGGCUCAGCAAUGCAAUGGCGCCCGGCACCGUCCACCGGACACCGAGUCGACCCCGACCUGUACGCUCAGUCGAUCUGGGCAAGGCCGUGAGGGAGAACAACCCGUCACUCGCAUCACCACUAUUCUUUUCAUCACAAGCCAUUACUGGCUAUCAGCAUGGUCAGCCUCACUCCGAUUCGAAUAUACUCGACGGUCGAAAGGGUCCUGCCAUGUUCGAUGAACGACCAGCAACGGCACACCGCAGGGAUCGCCCACAGGACGUGCCUGACGGAAAGACGCCGUCGCCUCGUUCAUACAACACCUCGACACCUGAAUCCUUCGCCAGGGCUAAGGAGGGCCUCAUCAAGAAGCAGGUGGACGAAUACCAACGUAACCUGACUGAUCAGCUGCUGGACGCCAAAGAGACGCCCGUUUUUGACCCCGCCGACAUUCCUUGUCCGCCAUCGCCCGAUGACGAAAACCCUCCGCCAGUGUCCAGGGGUAGCACCAUGGAAACGGGCAAGUUGUCGAGAUCUGCGUCAAUGGCUGGUCUGACGACACCACUCACCAGUCCCAGCGAAGUUGCCAGCCCCAUGUCGUCGAGUGCAUGCCCAUCAAAGGAGCAGAUGCUCGUCUUCCACUCGGACCCCUCAUUGCCCGCUCUUCUGAGCGGCGCGAGCUCUGUUUCGGCUGAUCAAGAGUCCGAACCUGUUGACUCGAAAGCUCUGAGCGGUCGCCCCAACCUUUUAGAGACGACCGAUUCUCUGACGCCGCCUGCUUUCGCUAAGGAACCUGUUGCCGGGUUCCCUAUUGAGCACCUUGAGCAACAGUCCUUUGAUAGCGGUGUCAUCGCGGUUCAGCUUGAUGUGCCGAGCCCGCUUCGAAGCUUUGCUUCAACGCCGGAAAUGCGACCUGCCGACGAUGAUGACGAUGACAGCGACAGCGAUGGCAUUUUCAUGUUCAACGCGAAAAAGAAGAAGGCCCCCGCUGCCGGCAUCAGCAAAACUCAUUUUGAGCCACGCCGGAGGGAUACAAACGCGAGUAUUGCCAGCACCGAGACUGCCAAGAGAUACGCCGUCAAUGAGACGUCAUCUCAACCCGAGUGA